AUGAAUCUAAACUACACAUCUCCUGUGCCCCAGAUGCCAGCCCAAAGGUCAACGUCGUUCUUCAUCGAAGACAUUUUGCUACACAAACCCAAGCCGCUGAGAGAAGUCUUUCACUCGCCCUUCUCGGGCUCCCUGGCGUCCCGGAUGCCUCUUCUGGAAUACGGAUACCCACUGAUGCCAACCCCUAUACUGGCGCCUCACCCGCACCAUCCUCUCCACAAGCCCGAGCACCACCCCUAUUUCUUCACCUCUGGGAUGCAGGUGCCGGCACUCUUUCAGCAUCACCCAGAGUUGCCUGGCAAGCACUGCAGACGGCGAAAGGCCCGAACCGUGUUCUCAGAUUCCCAGUUGUCAGGGCUGGAAAAGAGGUUUGAAAUACAGCGGUACCUCUCUACUCCAGAAAGAGUUGAAUUGGCAACAGCGCUAAGUCUCUCAGAAACACAGGUAAAAACGUGGUUUCAAAAUAGAAGGAUGAAGCAUAAAAAGCAGCUAAGGAAAACCCAAGACGACCAGAAAAAUCCAAGUGACCUGGAUCGAUCCAUAGAAAACACAAGUGAGAACGAAAGCAGUGAAAAAAAUUCUGAAGAAGUUAAAACAGGAAUGAACCAGGACUAUAUGCUCGAAGAAAAUGAAGACGAUGUCGAUAUCGAAGAUGAUAUUUGUUCCCCGGAACAUCUAUUAUAA